AGUAUGUUUUUCAUUCUGUGAAGUGAGGGAAAGUUUAUGCAUUUUUUAUUUGCCAGCACGUGCUACAUAACAUAACAAAAUAUACAACAAAAUCACACUAAACUGGGAAUGCAAUAAAUGAUGGAAAGAAGUCGUUCGUACUCAAGCGGUUGGAAUACAAGACCGACACCUCCGCGCAUAGCUACGGUCAAGCCCGUCUCGAAGAGCCUAUCAGAAGAUGAUUUACUGAAAGUUUCUGAGAUUUCUCCAAGAGUGUUUUCGAGGUUAAAAGUUCAAGAUCUUUCACUGCUCAAGAAGGAUUCACUAAUAGACGAAUUAGAGAAAUGUCUUGAAGAACUAGAAGAGGAGCAUGGCACAACACAGCAGUUAGGUGACAUCUAUGAAAAAGUUGAGAUGGAAAGAAAUCAACUAUUAGAAGAGUUGGACAUCGCGUUCGAGGAUUUGAAAGAUUAUAUGCAACGUCAGAAAGACAUAGAAGAUCAGAAGACAGUAGUAGAAAACGAUCGCGAGGAGUUGAUCAAAGAAAACGAGUACUUAAAAGCUGUCUUAUCGAGUCGAAAUGAAAUCAAAGCGACUAAGCUGGAAGAGAAGAACAAAUUACUCGAAGAACGAGUGCAAGAGUUGGAAAAGAAAAAUAUCCAACUUGUUGACGAAAUUAACGAACUUUACGACGACCGACAAACGUUGAUAGGUAGCUUGGUUAAUUUGCGUUCUGAACAGGUUGAUGAAGUCAUUAAAAAGCGUAGCAGAAGUAGCUCUGUUGCAUCACGGGAAAGUUUAGAUGAUCGGAUCUCGCUAGACAACUCAAAUCUGGCAACAAAGUUGAAAGAGUUGGAAGACCACGAUUUGGUUGAGAGAGCGAUGAGAAGGAUGAACGGUGAUGUUAGGGAUAACUUGACUGUAACCGAGACACCUGAAGGUUUUCACAAAGAAAUACGAGAAGCAAACAAAGAAAUUGAUCGAUUAAAAGAAGAAUAUGAAAAGUUGGAAAAGGAUUAUGCUGGAAAAAUUAAAGAAUUUAACAAUCUGUUAGAGGAUCGUAACGAGAAAAACCUAAGCUUGUCGAGACUUAAUUUAGAGAAAAGGACGCUUCAGCGGCAGCUAGAUCAUAUGCGUGAAAGUAACCGCUCGUCUGCCGGUAAAGUUGCGUUACUCACCGAUGAAAAUAAAAGUUUGAAAGGAAAAUGUGAAGAGCAGGACUUGAUUAUUCAAAACAACCAGAAGCUGUUAGAAAGAUCGAUACAGGAGGCCAUAUCGGAAUACGAAGAGGAGCUAUCGAGCAAACAAGCCAGUUACGAGCAGCUAUUGGCUGACAAAAAAUUGCUGGACGACAGACUUGAAAGCUCGAGAAAAUCACUCGAGAAAAAUGACUCGCUAAUAAUAAAUAACAAAAAGUUGACGUCAGACUUCACUUCGUUGAAUUCGGAGCUGCAGGAUAUCACGACAAAGUAUGAAGAGUUGGCGACAAAAAAUACAGAAUUAACCACGCAAUGCAGUUCGCUUAAGUCAGACUGUAGUAAAUUCCGGAAUGAGAAUAUCCAAUUUCGAGAUACUAUAGACAGCCUAAACAAAGAGAAAGAAACUCUUACGCACGAAAACUUAAAACUAAAACUAGAUUAUGGAGUAAUCGAGAAACAAAUGAAUAAUCGAGUGAAUACAUUGGAACUUGAAGUAACACGACUGACUGCGGGUAAGGGAUUAAUAGAAAAGAUCUUGCAUAAGAAAGAAGAGAGCGAGAAGACACUAAGACAAACUUGUGAAAAACUUCAACAAACUAUCAAAUCGAAUGAGGAAGAGUUGACGAGUUCGCAGAACCCGCAGUCAAACGCUGAAGAGACGCUGUCAAAUUCUCAAAGAAUAGCCGAAACACUAAAAAAAGAAAAUGACCGUCUGCUGAGUAAAUGUCGCCAACUUGAGAGAUCUGUUGCCGAUAUGUCAGAGUCGGUAUCGGAAUCCAAACGUCUUAGAGAUACUAAUGAAAUGCUGCUAUAUCGGGUGCGCAAUUUGCAGAACGGAACCGACGUGGCCGUAAAAUCUUUUGACCAAAAAACAAGCGAACGUGAAAAAUACUCCGCCUUAUUAGUUAAAUAUGAUAAUUUAUGUAAUAAAUAUAAUAAUUUAUGCGAACAAAACAAGGACUCCGGGAAUGCGUUUGAAAAGUUGGAAAAGGAAAAUAGUGAAUUGAAAGAGGAGAAUGCGUGUUUAGAAUCUAAAAUAUUCGACUUCAACAACAAACUGGUAACCAACAAGAACGAAGAGGUUAAAAAACUUGAAAGUGAAAACCAAGCCUUAAAAACAAAUGUCGAGUCUUGGCAUGAGAAAUUUAUAACUUUAAAGAAUGAAAAAACGAAAGUGGAAGAACGCUUGCACGAAAUCUCAAAAGGAUUCCAAGAUUUAAAAGAAAAUAAAGAAAAUGUCGAGAAAGAUUACCAGUAUAUUUUGAAAAGCCACAAGGAAGAAGCGCAAGCUGAACUGGCUAAUAAACAGAACCGCGUCGGGCAAGAAAGAGAUGCAAUUAAAACAAAAUAUGAUCUCCUUCGCGUUGAACAUGAUAAGUGCGAUAAGGAAAAAUAUCAUUACAAGAAGACUAUAGACUCUUUACGGGAGGAAAAUAAUAAGCUCAACGGCGAAGUACAAAAAUACCGCUUAAUGUCCAAUUCUACCCAAGAUUUAAAAAUUCAACAACUCCGUGACGAAAACGACUCGUUAGAGCGGAAACUUGAAAACUUACAAAACACUGUUAAUAAAAUGACCACCGAGAAAAAAGCUUUAGUGGAUCGUAUUAAUCGUUCCGACGAGAGUGUAGCGACGACUAUUCGAAGUUUGAAAGCUCGCAAAAACGAGUUACAACUUCAAGUGGAAACGUUAAAACACGAUAACGAGGAAUUACGUUUAAACUUAAAAGCGAAAACGAACCACGAAGUCACACGAACUUGUAGCAGCCCUAACGUUUCAUUUGGUUACAAUCCUAUGGAAGAUAAUAUGAUAGAGAGUCUACACAUUGUUCAUUCUAAGCUUACCGAGUUGGAACAGGAAAACACCGAGUACUCCCGUAAACUGCAGGAGUCCGAAGGUUUGAUGUACGAGCUACAGCAGGCGUUGGCGCAUGCUAACGAUCUUGCUAUGCAGAAAGCGCUCGAAGGUACAAAGACCAGACGAAAUCUUGAAAAGAAGAUCGAAAAACUGACGACCGACAAUACCGAAUUAAGGCGUAAACUGUUCUUCUCCGAUAAGGAAUCAGGAGAAGUAUCCCCAAACAGCUUGUUUCCUCAAUCGCCGAUAUUGAAUAAAAAAUUAUCCGAGCAAGAGGUACUGCUUCAGCGAAAGGCUUCACUGCCAGUAGAAAUUACUUCAUCUAAAUCCACUGAACUUCCCACCUCUCUUAUGAACUGUUCUAACAUUUUUAACUAUCAAGACAGCCAGUUAAGUCUGUCACAAGACAGCUCGCGAACUAAUUCUGUUCCUGAAUCUCCGCGACUGACUGCAUCCCGACAAAUGGAAAAUGAUUUGUCCAAACAGUUACGAGAUUUGUUGGAUUUUACGAAAGAUUUACCGUCGCUCGAGGAAGAAGUCAUCGUAAUAAAAAGCCGACCCGUGUCGGAAGAAUCAAUAGCUCCACCAAUCCCGCCACUUCCUGCUAACUACGGCGGAAUAAAAGAAUUAAGUGCGAAGGAUAGUGAAAACAUAGACGAGAUACUCGCAUUGCUGUCUAAAGUUGCUUCAGAGCUUGAAGAUGACGACAACAAAACGAAAAAACUGGAACAUUGGGUUUAAAAUCAAUGACAGUCUUGUAUAAAACUUACCGACUUCGAGAGGCUGAUUGCAUAAGGAGUUUGAGUCCUGGCUGAAAUUCCAGGCCUGUUAGCGGCUGGAAACGUAGCUAGGGCAUGCGCGAUUAGCUACAUGAAAAAAUAUUCAGUCCAGGACAAAAACGUCAUAUAAUCAGACCUUAUUUUUCGAUUAUUUUUCAGACUUUUUUCUUUUUAUCUUUUUUUUAAUUUGUUUUUAUCAGCAUUAAAGAAUGCAUACAUUUUAAUUUUUUUAAAUCAUCUUUGACCGUUGAAUCAUUUGUGUUUGGCGGGAAAAUUUGGUGAAAUUGAUGACAGUUAGCUGCCACAGUAGUAUAAAUAUCACACUCCUCCUCAGUGCUUUUGCUGCAAUACCUUAAACUUUUUGUUAUGUUGACUAAUUUCUUUGUAAAAGGUGUAAAGGAAACUGAAAAUAAAAUCUUCCCGCUGUUAAGCCUACGAGCAGUAAUAUCAUUUAUCAUAUUGAUAUUUGGUAAUAUUAUUUCGAUUUUUUAUUUUUUUAUUUUGAGUACAUAUUUCAUAUUUAUAUUCGUAUUUGUAUAUAUUUCUUAUAAUAAUUGUGAUAACGGAUAAAUUGGGAUAUUUUUACGUUAAUAUUAUUUCAGUUCAAAGGUUCAUAAUUUUGGUAGAACACAAGAAGAUAUUUUAAAGAUACUGCUUGUUUUUUUUGUUUGUAUUUUUUAGGUUUUUUACAGUCGAUUAAGCAUAUAAAAUUUUAUGACAUUUUGGACUUGAUGCUGUUAUAAGGCGGACUUAUAGAAUUGACAUCAGGGGCGUUGGCACUUUUUUAUGCAAGAACAAAGGCUUUCAGAGAUAAAAUAUUUACAACAUUCUAGGGUUCGUAUGGAUUUUAUUAUGAAACGAGAUUUAUGGCUUCCUGUCACGUUAUAUUUAAAAGCGUUCUAAAAUUAUUUCCAGGCUGUAAAAGGCGAAAACCUGACAUCUCAAAUAGCUUAAUCAAAGUUUUAUUGUUUUCACAAAGGAUCAAACAA